AUGUUUCUCAACCCCGCUUGGAGAUUUAUAUCUACAAGUGAAUAUCAACCUUACUUUCUUGCUGCGGCUGUAUUCAGCGUUUGGCUUUUAUCAUGGCGUUUGUGGAGAUUUACCAUUCGACCAUAUCUUAGACCGCAAGACCCUAUUGAACUUCCCUACUGGGUACCAUUUCUGGGACACAGUCUUAGUUUCUUCCAAAACUCUGAUAGUUUGAUCGAGCGUGGCUUGGAUUAUACUGGUCGCACUCACGAACCUUUCGCAAUUCAAGUGGCUUCAAAACUGUUCUACAUUGUUACAGGGCCUCGGGAUGUCGCAGAAGUCUACAGAAAUGUAGCCACUCUAAGUUGGGAUGGUCACUUGUCUCAAAUUCUUUCUAACUUUGGCUUCACUGGUAAAGCGUUAAAGUUGGCCUGGCAUGUUCCCAUUCCUGGAGACAAAUGCUAUAUGCAUAAGAAUCCUGUCAACCCUAAGCAACUAUCUCUGGUUAAGCUCAUCGAGGAAGUUUAUAUUGCCCAGUUGCUUCCUGGUGUACACAUGACUGAAAUGUCCGAGAAAUUCAUCGUUUCCCUCAAGGACACCCUCCAACCACCAAAGAUGGACUUUUGUACGUUGAGUAGAAAUGGUCUCACUCGCCGUGUCUCAUUAAAAGCUCUUUGCCGAUCUACCCUCGUUGAAGCUGCAACAUUUUCCAUGUUCGACAAAGCCCUCCAUAAGCUCAAUCCAAACAUUGUGGAAAACAUGUUGGACUUCAACGAUAGUGCUUGGAUGGUUUUCUUCGGCCUUCCAGAAAUAUUCUCUGCCAAAGUAGCCAACGCUCGCAAAACAAUGCAGAAGACGAUGGCAGAAUUUGCUCGUCUUCCGGAAAACGAGCGUGCUGGUCAAGCUUGGGGAAUUGGAACGAUUCUUAAAGCACAAGAGAUCGUUGGCAUUGAUAUCGAAAGCAGAGCUUGCAUGCUUUUAUUGAUUUACUGGGCUGCAAAUUCAAACGAGUACAAUAUCUCAUUCUGGCUUAUUGCACAUCUCGUUUACAACGUACCUCUUAUGGAGCGAGUUCGCGACGAAUUAGAAGCAGGCUGGAAAGACGGUGGCCUUGACAUCAAAUAUCUCUGUGCCAAUUCUCCUAACCUUGAUGGCGCAUUCCAAGAAUCGCUACGUUUGAACGGAGGUGCAAUGAUGAGUCGCCAAGUCAAGCAGCCUACUAUGAUUGGUAACAAAUUAAUGCAACCUGGAUCCAAUGUGCUCAUGCCAUCUCGUCAACUACACAUGAACGAGAGUGUUUGGGGUAAAGAUUACAAAAACUUUGAUGCAGAGAGAUUCGUUAGAGACAAGGGCUUGCUAAAGCAUUCUUCUUACCGACCAUUUGGUGGCGGAAUUAGCUACUGCCCUGGACGCGUCAUGGCUAAAGAGCAGGUUUACGCUUUUGUUGCUAUUAUUUUCAGACGCUUUGAUGUCAAGCUGGCGCCUGGAAUUAAUGGAAAGUUUCCAGUCUUGGAUGAAAGCACUCCUUCCCUUGGAAUUACGGGUCCAGUCAAAAGCAUGGAUGUGUUCAUGGAUUUGACGGAAAGAGAGAAGUAUAACCAAUAUUGA